UUACUUACCUAGAAAAAUAGAUGAUGGUUUUUUUGUGUUCUUUCUUUGUUGCUUCUUUUUGGGCACACCGAUAAAGUUCACCUUUACCUACAUUACAGCACUAUUUCGUGUCAAACUGAAUAAAUAUUUUUAUCAACGCUGCGAGCUCGUUUACAGACCGUCCAUAUGAUAUGUAUAAAAAUCCAUGUAGCGCAAAUUAGAGCUCAAAACGGCCUGAGCACGGCUCCGAGCCAACAUCCAUCGAAUUCGCAAAGAUAUCCGUUCGAAAAUGAUGGGCGAGUCGCGUCGUUCGUGGCUCUCGGUGACCGCUCUGUUUCUCUUCUGCGGAUCCUUUCAUCUGGCCAGUGCUAAUCAAGAGAUCGAUCAAUAUCUGGGAAGGAAACUGAACUGUUGGAAACCCGAGCUGACCUACGACACGUUCAAGGUGAAGUUUUUCUUCUCGAGCCGAAAAAAGUCCGAUCAGCUGUACACGCUGGACAACGAGUUCGACUCGCAGCACUACGACUUCAAGCCACAUCGCCGGACAGCAGUUCUGGUACACGGAUUUUUGGGCAAAAUCUACGGUGAUCCGAUGCGAGCUUUGAAGCGGCACCUUCUCGCCUGGCAAAACAUGAACGUGAUAAUUGUCCGCUGGGAGGAAGUGUGCACAAACUUAUUUUGCUACGAGCGAGCGGCUGCCGACACUGAGUUUGUGGCUAAGCAAAUUCGAUUGUUGUUCAAGAGUCUGGACCAGCAUUUCGUGCAAAAGACCCGGAUCCUGCAGGAGAAUUGGGGCCACGUGCACUUCAUCGGGCACAGCCUCGGCGCUCACACCGUCGGCCACGCGGCCAAACUGCUCAAGUACGAGGACGGCUUCGAGAUCGACCGGGUGACCGGCCUGGACCCGGCCGAGCCCUGCUUCGAGACGAUCGGCAAGGCCCCGCUGAGGCUGUCCAACGACAGCGCUCGAUUCGUCGACGUCAUUCACACGGCCGUGGCGAGGAGCAAGAACAGCGCCUUCGGCCUGCUCGAGCCUCUAGGUCACGCGGACUUUUACGUCAACGGAGGUGGCCCCCAGCCCGAUUGCAACAAGCUGACCAUUUUCAAGGUAUUCAGGAAGCAGCGCACCAUGACGGACUUGAGCUACCACAAACUCUUUCCCUUCGCCUUGAACGGCGGAAUCUGCGAUCACUUCCACUCGGUGAUCGUCUUCAUCGAGUCGGUGAAACAGGUAGCUUACAGCGAGGGAAAACAAGAGGCAGCCCGGUGCAGAUUCACGGCGCGUCCCUGGCAAUUAGGGAGCUCGGCGGAGCAGCGGACAGAAGCAAAGGAGGAUUCGUGCUACGCCUCGUCCUGCCCCGAAAUGGGCAUCAAUGCCGACAAGUACGAAUUCCCGGAACGGACCUAUCUCGUUUCUACGACGGGCAAGGAGCCUUUUUGCAUCGUUCCCGCUCAGCCGAGCAAUCCGACCGCUUCUUAGAAUUAAAAUUGUAUAGCUCCGCUCGCUCGAGUGUGUCUUUUCGUGUACUGUACAUAUUAUAGCUUAUAAGCCGAGAGUUUAAGUAUAAGGUGAAUUAGCAGCUCGAAAAUACGCGCCUAUUCGUGCAGCGAUCGCGCGCUGGUGUAGGUAUGUUGCACGCGCGAAAAUCGCUGCGGACGAAGAAAAAUGCUCCUUUUUUUUGUCGCGACAGCGUAAGCCGGAAUUGCUGCUGCCGCUGACAAAGUUGUUCGUUUUUUUUUUUUGCUUGCUCGAGCGGUGUAAUCAAAUAUUACAAUUGUUUGAUCGCGCGAUCGCCUAACUACCGUCAGGCCACAGGCAGUUAAAAACAAAUUUGUGUAUUCGUAAUCGUCAGCAGGCAGCAGCGCGUCAGAAUGUAUACAUACGAAGAGAAGCGCAUGUGAGCGGCGGCACAAGUCGUCGCAGAAGUACAAGACGGCCGUCGACGCGGUGUAAUAACCCGCAUGUGGCGUGACUUUUGUACACACACAGACACACAGACACGCACAAACUCGUGUUGCGAAUACGAGCGAGGCUCGAUGCCACGAGACUAUACAUUAUACGCGGCUCAACCCACUGCCAAUGAUUCAUUAAGCGUAUUACAUGUAUACCGCAUUAUAUAGGUGCCUAUAUGUAGAGAUUUUUGCCUAAAAUGCUCUCUUUGUGCAUCCUGGAGGCCUAUCUUCGCUUUCGGAGCAGCUCGCAUUCGGGCGAUGGCUUUUUUUGUGCGUCCAGUCGGCGAUAAAGAGCGCGUGUCGCGUCGUUCGAGGAAAAAGGCCGAAAGUGCGCGCGCGACAAUUCGCUGAUCGGGACGAAUGAGUCGAUCGUUGCGAAUCACGAGUCUUGUCUUUAAAUGGACUGCACCGUCCGUACGGCUCCUUAUUUUUAUUUUUAUAAAUAGACACGCUCGGUACACUUAAUAGGCGACGCAGCGUCGUUUAAUUAUACGAGUCUACGAUCGACUGCGACAAAACCUAUAGUAGUGUCUUCGAUGUACAUUGUGCGCCUCUAAUGCUUACAAUUAUCGUUCGUAUUUAUUCAAUACCGCGCUUACGAUGCUAUGAUAUAAUGCCGAUUUAAUAUUACCCGCGAGUUUCACGCGCGCACAUGAGAGGGGUCGCAAUCCGGUAUUAGCUAUUCCCGACUCGAUUUGUCGACGCUUCCAAGACCAAAUCGUUGUUCGUGCACAGCUGCAGGGAAAAUAAAAGGAUUCCAAGACCCGAGGAUUUCGGAGUCUGAGUCAAACUCCACUGUGGAACGCUCCGCUGCAGAUCUACCUUUUCUCGGCCGCAUCGCAUUAACGCGCUAAAUGAAAGGCGAGCCAAGUUAGUGCGAGCCUGCUGCAGUUUUGGGAAUUCGCGCGAAUAUGUCACGUGCAAUAAGUAUAAACCAAAGACUCGCCAUAUACCAGCUGCCAACGCGCAGCAAAAACCUGUGAAUACAAUCCUGA